AAAAAUUCUGCAAUUUGUUGCGCGUAGUUGCUCAGAUGUUAAAUAAUUAAUUAUUUGUCUCUGGCAACACUACAGUUGUCAAAGUGAGCAGACAACAAAAAGUAAACAAACAGUUUAUAAACAACACGUGAAAUAUUUGAGAAUUAUUAUUACAAAUUUAAUAAAAUACAUUAAUAAAUAUUAGUUUAAUAUAAUACAAAAUGACUGAGUGUAUAGUGUGCAAACAAAUAACUAAUAAAUACAAAUGUCCAAAAUGUUGUGAACCCUAUUGUUCCCUAGUUUGCUAUAAACAACACAAAGAAUCGCCACAAUGUUUGGAUAAACUAAAUGGGAAAAUAAAUGCUGCAGAAGUCAAAGAAUGCUCCAAUGAGAUUAAUGAACCUACAGUCUAUGAGUCAUUUAAAACGGAGGACACUGUGCCACAGGAAAAACUAAUAGAACUAGGCUCAAGUGAUGACCUUAAGAAUCUUCUUUAUAAUCCUCACUUAAGGAAUUUAUUAAAGGAAAUCGAUACAGCACCAAAUGCUUGGAAAGCCAUUCGAGCGGCGAUGCAUGAACCACUAUUUUUGGAAUUUGCAGAUGAAUGUUUGAAAAUAAUAGAACCAGACACAGGGAAAGAUGAUGUGUAAUCUAUAACAAAUAAUACAAGACUGAUCAAUUGUGUUGAAUAGUGUACUCUAAAAUAUAAGAAUAACAAUUACAAAAUGUAAGAAAAUAUAUAUAAUUUUAUAAAUACCA